AUGGCGACCAAAGUGCUGUGCGUGGCUGAAAAGCCCUCCAUCGCCAAAGCAGUCGCCAACCAUCUCUCCGGCAAUCAAGUGACCGUCCACAACGUACAAGGCAAUCAAUUCAUCAAAAACUACCAGUUCCAGUACAACUUCCCAAGAUGGGGCCACUCGGAUGUGACUAUGACCUCCGUCUCUGGCCACUUGGUCAGCCAGGACUUCAACUCGCGAUAUCGACAAUGGAGAUCAUGUGAUCCAGUCGAGCUCUUCGAGGCGCCCAUUGAUAAGUAUGUGGAAAACGACAAGAAGCCCAUUGAAAGGAACAUCGAGGUCCGAGCGCGGCAGUCGGAGGUUCUAUUCAUCUGGACCGACUGCGAUCGCGAGGGCGAGAACAUCGGCGCCGAGAUCCGCGACAUUGCCGUCAGAUCCAAUCGCCUUCUCGCAGACGCGGGCAAGACGGUGCGUGCUCACUUUUCCAACAUCGAGCGUGCACACAUCAUCGCUGCAGCCCGCAACCCGGUGACUAUCGAUGAAGCCCAAUCCAAUGCCGUCGCUUCGAGGAUCGAGCUCGACCUCCGCAUCGGUGCUUCUUUCACCCGCAACCUCACCAUGAGCAUCCAACCCAUGCUGCAAGAUCGCGGUGGCGAGAAGCAAGUCAUCAGCUAUGGCAGCUGCCAAUUCCCCACUCUCGGCUUCGUUGUCGAACGCUACUUUCGCGUGCGCAACUUCGUCCCCGAGAAGUUCUGGAGCAUCAAAGUCAUGCACGAGAAAGACGGGGUCAAAGUCAACUUCAGCUGGGCAAGAAAUCACCUCUUCGACCGCAUGAUGGUCGUCAUCCUGUUUGAGCGCUGCUUGGCCGCCCGAACCGCUCGCGUCACCAAAGUCCAAACCAAACCCACUAGCAAAUGGAAGCCCUUACCACUCACCACCGUCGAGCUACAAAAGUGCGGCAGCCGCUUCCUCCGCAUGGACAGCCAGCGAGUCAUGCACCUCGCCGAGCAGCUCUACCAAAAAGGCUGGAUCAGCUAUCCGCGCACCGAAACCGACCAAUUCGACCGCGGCAUGGACCUGCAAGCGCUCGUGCGAAAACAAACGCAAGGCGGCCCCUGGCAGCAAUUCGCCCACCACCUCGCCAACGGCGGCUUCUCCGCCCCGCGCAACGGACGCAACAACGACAAAGCCCACCCGCCCAUCCACCCCGUCAACUUCGUCGACCCCUCCGUCCUCAACGCCGAGGAGCGCAGAGUGCACGAGUUCAUCGUGCGCCGCUUCCUCGCGUGCUGCAGCCAGGAUGCCAAAGGCAGCAUGACGACCGUUGCGCUGCUGUACGGCUCGGAGACGUUCACCGCGUACGGGCUGACGGUGCUCGAGCGCAACUACCUCGACGUGUACCCCUAUGACAAAUGGACGAGCUCGCAGGAGUUGCCGGAUUUCCGCGAGGGGGAAGUGUUUGUCCCGACGGAGGCGAGGAUGCAUGAGGGGCUAACGUCGCCGCCGGGGUAUUUGACGGAGCCGGAGCUGAUUGCAUUGAUGGAUGCCAAUGGGAUUGGAACUGAUGCGACAAUGGCGGAACAUAUCGCCAAGAUCAAAGACAGGAAGUAUGUGGAGACGAGAUCACAGGGGGCCGCAGGGCGAGCGGGCGAUGAUGAUAUCUCGGAUGAUGAUGAACCACCUCCUGUAAACGCUGGUCGAGGAAGAGGACGUGGACGAGGAAGAGGAGGCCGCGGUGGUGCCGGGGCAAAUGGCAGAGGCGCAGGGACUACUCGCGGCGUGCAAGAGUUCAUCCCGACCACGCUGGGCGUCGCUCUCGUCGAAGGGUACGAAAGCAUGGGAUUCGAAAUCAGCCUGACGAAACCCUUCUUGCGCAAAGAGAUGGAGUUGAAGAUGAAAGCCAUUUGCGAGGGGCGGAAGACGAGGCAGGAAGUGGUGGAGGAGACGCUCGCGCAGUAUCGCGUGGUGUACAAUCGCACUCAACAAAGGCUGGAGGAUCUUCGUGCUUCGGUGCGAAAGUACGUACUCGGGCAAGGAGAGUGA